CAAUCACUACGUCUAGACAUCUAAACUCAAACAUGCUUAUUAUGUCACUCACAGCCAGGAGGUGGAAUCUGUGGGUCCAAAUGAAAGAUGCAUUAAUGAAUCGUCUUUUAAACGUCCCUCAGGGAUCGACCUGCCGUUUCGAUGAAUCUGACGUCGGUGCCGUCUGUACGGGAUAUGACACGGGAGACCCUGGAGAUGAAGAAGGGCUCGAGGUAGCGGUGGCACUGUUAGGACCCAUCUCUGUGACGGUCGAUGCCGGACAUGACUCCUUCCAGUCCUAUCAGUCUGGUGUCUACGAUGAGCCCUCCUGCCAGAGCACUGGAAGUCAUGCCAUGCUGGUGGUGGGUUAUGGAACUGAAGAUGGCCAAGACUACUGGCUGGUGAAGAACAGCUGGGGUGUGAACUGGGGAGAUGAAGGCUACAUCAAGAUGUCCAGGAACAAGAACAACCAGUGUGGCAUUGCAUCUGCCAGUAUUUUACCAAACGUGAAAUGAUACCGUCAAGAUCGGACAGGAAUCCAGACGGAGUUAUAAAGAAUGAAUAUACUUUAUUGAGCAAUCAUUACCGUGCCACAUGGACCAUGCAAUUCUGGUACAAUUAUGUACCAGACAUCUAAUUUGAACAUUCUCAUAAAUAUGCCUUUGAAUUAUUUGAAUUUGAAUUCUUGCUGAAGACAUUAAAGAGGUGUUUGUAAAAGCAA